GUUCUUUUGUGCAGAUGAGCACUACACUACUCUGUCAGGGCACGUCACUUUGCUUCUGUGUGUCAGUAAUCGCGUUGGUCAAUGUGUAAUUCUUUUUAGGCUUAUAUUUCUCUUGGGUUCGUACGGAAAGGACACUCUGGUUUAGUCUCCGCAGUUCCGAAGUCUGAUCACUAUAAGGACCAAACACAAAGCGACAGAUCAAUAUGCUGAAUUCUAAAGGUCUUAUGGAUAGGAUAAAGGACGGGGAGACUGUCAUUGUUGCUGAGGGGUAUAUCUUUGCAUUUGAACAUCUUGGAUACCUGAAAGCCGGACCGUUCACCCCUGAAGUUGUAGUGGAUCAUCCCGAGCUUGUACGUCAGAUGUACAAGGACUUCGUGCGCGCAGGAAGUGACGUAGUCCAAGCUUUUACGUACUAUGGUCAUCGUAACAAGUUCAAGCUCGUCGGGCGGGAGGACGAGCUCGAGAAACAGAACCGUAUUGCUCUCAAGUUGGCGAGGGAGGUGGCUGAUGAGACGGGAACCUUGAUGUGUGGUGACCUCAGCAAUACGUUUGUUUAUGAACCUGACAACGAGGAGGCGAUCGCUACCACAAAACAGAUGUUUAAGGAGCAAGUUGAGUGGGCGGUUGACGAGGGGGCCGAUUUUAUUGUGGGCGAGACAUUUGGUCACCUAGGUGAAGCGAUUCUUGCAACCAAGGCCAUAAAGGAAUAUGGAAAAGGUGUACCGGCAGUUAUCACCAUGGGAACGCAUUUCAGCAAGUAUUCCGAAGAUGGCAAGAUAUCGACCGCAGACGAUGUCGAGUUCAACGAAGCCCUUCGACGUCUCGUAGCUGCUGGUGCCGAUGUCGUUGGCUUUAACUGCAUGUCGGGACCAACGUCUAUGCUUCCCUUGCUCGAGAGCGCUGUGAAGGCUAAUAUCGGGGCUCCUUUGGCUGCUCUACCAGUGCCAUACAGGACAACUUUGGAAGAACCAAAUUUCACAUGCAUCAAAGAUCCAGCAACAGGACAGCGAGCCUUUUAUGCCGAUCUAGACUGCCUUCUCUGCUCUCGCACUGACAUCGUCAAGUUCACUGAGCGUUGCGCCCAACUCAAAAUACCAUACCUGGGACUAUGCUGCGGAAACUCGCCUCACUACACACGGACCAUGGCCGAAACUCUAGGUAGGGUCACAGAGGCAUCCAAGUUUUCACCAGACAUGUCUAAACAUGGAUUCUACGGUUCAAAAGAUGGAAAGGUCAACACGUACUACACCAAAAUGACCCAAGAUCUGCCAGCAUCCAGACCCAUUGUCAUAAAGGAAUAGAGAAGACUACACUCGGGGAGCGACAAUGGCAUCAAAAGUCGGAAAGGUGAUUUUUCGAAGGGGGCAGCUUUAGUCGAAAUGGACUUAAAACGAGAACAUAAGGAGGAAGAAGGAGGACAAUAAGAAAAAGAAUGAAUAUUUGAUUUUCAUUAUUGCAUCGUAUAGAUAACGGAUCACAUAUAACCUAUAAAAUACAGACGCGUUUUCUGUUUUAACGUGUCUAGGCAAAUGAAAGUAGAUAUCCCGGCUCGUAAACUAAUCUAUUAUAUGUGUUAGAUAUGCAAUAAAUGAGUAGAUAGUAUUUUUAAAGUCAUCAAAACAGUUAAUUGGAUAUCACAUAGUUUGAUAAUUACUUUUAUAGUUGCUUCUUGUUGAGUUAAAAAUGAAGUCUACCCAAUAAAAAAAAGUUGAUUUAUAAAAGCGAAAACUCAAACAGACGCUAUAGGCCAACAAACGUAAUAAAAGUCAGAUUGGAAAUGAAAAAUGUAUGGCACUUUCGCUUGAUUUAACUAUACGACUUUCUGCACAACACUGAAUGUAUGCAAAUAAGGGCAAUUGAUGACACAUUUUCAUUUUUUAAAUUGUUGUCAAUAGAAUUGUGGGAGACCGCCAUCUUGAGCUUGGAGCUUGAAAUGGGUGGAGGCUUCGAAAGGAAAGGGAAGAGAAACACAGGCUAUAGUGCAACAAUCUAGAAUUUAUGAUAAAGAAAUUCGACAUUCAGUCAUAAAAAAUUAUAGUGAUAUGGAUGCCGAUAUGAUAACUGUACCUUUUGACCAUAUUUACGUGGAAGUAUAUCCAAUCUACGUUUUACAUUGGAGAAGGAAUAUUAAAAUAGUUGAUAUACAUUUAAAAAAUACCAAGUAAAUGUCAUGUGCGAUUACACAUCACCCUCAUUUGAAUACUGCCCAAAUUAUGUAUAACGAACGCUAAAAUAUAGGUGAAUCUGUAAUCGCUAUGUAAUACAAAUGUCUUGUUUCACAUACAUCCAAUUUUCGGCAUUAUUCUUGUUUCAUUUGUAAUUAAACCCCACAUAAUUGUUUGAGUUGAGUUUGGACUUACAUUCAUCACUGACCUGCCAUCAUUAGUACAUGUACAUGAUUAAGCUUCGUAUGUUUCUUUUAUUAUAAAAAAAAGUUCAAUUCAUGACAUUUUAUUCCUUAGUAACAAAAUUACUUUAUACAAUGAAUAAAUAAUCCAAACGAAAUUAUCCUGGAACAUACGCAACUUGUAAACAAAUGCUGUAAAUUCAUUUGGGAAUAGCAAUGAGAGCGGUAGACUUUAUUGUAUAAUCUGAUUGGUGAUAAAAUGAAAUUAAGUAUAGGAAUUCACCUUUUUACAAGCAAUGAUUUACAAGAUUUACUCCACACUUCAGUAAUUAAGUAUCUUGUUUUUUUUCAUUUCAAUAUCUUAUGUUUUGUAUACUUAACUAAUUAUAAUUGGGAUUCGUAAUUGGACUGUUGUUACAAUAAUUUUGUAAUGUUUAUCACUGUAAUUUUGGUUGAUUUGCAAACUGUGAAUAAAUGAAAUGAAAUGAAAAAA